AUGUCUGAAGAAUUAGCAAGAUCAAAACAAUAUGGAUAUAAAGAAAAUUCAAAUUUAGUAUUUUAUUCAGAAAGAAAUAGAAGUGAAUUAAAAGAACCAAAGGGUGAACCAGAAACAUUAUGGGGUAGAUUAAGAGGUGAAAUGGGAGAUAGAGUUAACUACUCAAAACCUUUGGAAUUAUUAGAAAAGAUGCAAAAUUUAAAGAGAAAAACCAUUGAAAAGGAAGGUGGUGAUGUAAAUUCAUCCAAUGAUACCUAUUCAACCACUAAAAAAGUAAAGAAUCAAAAUCCAUUGGAAAAGAAAUCAACCAAUAGAAAAUCCAAUGGUAAUAAUAAUAAUGAAAAACCAAUUGAUAUUUUAUCAGCAACUGAAUCAUUUCAAGGAUUAUAUAAACCAAAAACCAAAGAAACUCGUAUAACCUAUGAAACAUUAUUAACAUUUAUUCAACGUUAUGUUGGUGAUCAACCAACUGAAGUCGUUAAAGGCGCAUUGGAUGAAAUUUUAUCAAUCUUAAAGGACGAUACAAUUCGUGCACCUGAAAAGAAAAUUGAAAUUUCAAAAUUAUUAAAAGGUUUAAAUGAUGUAUCAUUUGCUGAAUUAACUCAACUUGGUAAACAAAUUACAGAUUUCAAAGAUAGCGAAUUAGCAAAACAACAACAACAACAGCAACAACAACAAUCAAUGGAUUCUUUAGAUGAUGAGCAAGGUGUUGCUGUCAUUAUUGAUGAAGAAGAGGAAGAAGAGAAUUUAAGUGAUUUUGAAAUUAGAGAUGAUGAUGAUGAUGAUGAUGAUGUUGAUAAUAAUGAAGUUGAUGAUAAUAAUAAUAAUGAUAGUGAAGCUCAAGAUUCUGAAAUUCAAACUAAAGAUGAAAAUAAUAAUGAUGAUGAUGAAAAUCAAAAAAUUAAAGAGAAUAAUAAUAAUAAUAAUAAAUCACAAAAACCAGAUACAAAAAAUACAAAAGAUGAUAAAAAUAAUAAUAGUAAAUUAAUUAGUCCAAAUGAAAUCGAUUCAUUUUGGAUUCAAAGAAAAAUUAGUGAAUUUGAAAGAGAUCAUGAUUUAUCAAAACAAUUAGCAGAGAAAACUUUAAAUAUUUUACGUCAACCAAAUGUUAGAAGAUGUGAACAACAAUUAGUUGACCUUUUUACAAUUGAUAAAUUAGAUUUUUUAAAAUUAAUUAUAAAUAAUAAACAAACUAUUUUAUAUUGUACAUUAUUAGCAAAAGCAGAGAACGAUCAAGAAAGAAAAAAAAUUGAAGAUGAAAUGUCAAGUAAUCCAGUAACAUUAAGUAUAUUGAAUAGAUUAAAGGGUAAUGAAGUUACAGCAGCAACAACAGAAAAAACAAUAGAAAAAACAGAAUCAAAUAAAAAAGAUGUUGAAAUGAAACAACAACAACAACAACAACAAGAUGAAAUUAAAAAACCAAAAAAAUUAUUAAAUUUAGAAGAAUUAUCAUUUCAACAAGGUAGUCAUUUAAUGACAAAUAAAGAAUUUAAAUUUCCAAAAGGUAGUAAACGUGAACAAUAUAAAGGAUUUGAAGAGAUUCAUGUACCAGCAAGAGCAAAUCCACCAUUUAAUCCAAAUGAACGUUUGAUAUCGAUUGAGGAGUUACCAGAAUGGUCAAGAUUACCAUUUGAAGAGUCUGGUGUAAAGAGUUUAAAUAGAGUUCAAAGUAAAUUAUUUGAUUGUGCAUUCAAGACUGAUAAUAAUUUAUUGUUGAGUGCACCAACGUCGAGUGGUAAGACUAAUGUUGCAAUGUUAACUAUUCUACAUGAAAUUGGAAAGAAUCGUGAUAGAGAUAGUGGUAAGAUCAGAUUGGAUGCCUUUAAGAUUGUUUACAUUGCACCAAUGAAAUCACUCGUACAGGAGAUGGUGGGUAAUUUCAGUAAACGUUUGAAAUCCUAUGGCAUCGUAGUGAAUGAGCUCACUGGUGAUCAAUCAUUAACUAAUAAACAAAUCUCAGAGACUCAAAUCAUUGUGACAACACCAGAGAAAUGGGAUAUUAUCACUAGAAAGUCAGGUGACCGUGCAUACACUCAAUUGGUGAAGUUAAUCAUUAUCGAUGAGAUUCAUUUACUUCAUGAUGAAAGAGGACCUGUGUUGGAGUGCAUCGUUGCAAGAACAUUGCGUAUGAUUGAAUCAACUCAACAAAUGGUACGUUUGGUUGGUUUAUCAGCUACAUUACCAAACUAUGAAGAUGUUGCAACCUUUUUACGUGUUGAACCCGAUGGUGUGUUCUACUUUGACUCAUCCUAUAGACCAAUACCAUUGGAGCAACAAUACAUUGGUAUCUCUGAUAGAGGUAUUAAACAAUUACAACGUUGCAAUGACAUUACAUUCACAAAAGUAUCAGAAAGAGUUGGUGAUCAUCAAAUAUUAAUUUUCGUUCAUUCUCGUCGUGAAACUGCAAAGACAGGUAAGGAUUUACGUGAUCGUGCCGUCGAAGAUCAAUCGAUAGAUAGAUAUAUUAGAGAUCCAGCAUCUAGAGAGAUCUUGAGAGCAACAGCAUCAAAACAAAUUCAAAAUGCAGAGUUAAAAGAUCUUUUACCCUAUGGUAUUGGUAUACAUCAUGCUGGUCUAUCAAGAUCCGAUCGUUCAUUGGUUGAAGAUCUUUUCGGGGAUAAUAGAAUUCAAGUACUCAUUUCAACUGCUACUUUAGCAUGGGGUGUAAAUUUACCAGCACAUACUGUAAUCAUCAAAGGUACACAAAUUUAUAAUCCAGAGAAAGGUUGGUGUGAAUUAUCACCAUUGGAUGUAACUCAAAUGUUGGGUAGAGCAGGUCGUCCACCUUUUGAUAAAGAAGGUGAGGGUAUAAUUAUCACUAGUCAACAUGAACUUCAAUUCUAUCUCUCUUUGUUAAAUACUCAACUCUCAAUCGAGAGUCAAUUCAUUAGUAGAAUAGCCGAUAAUUUAAAUGCAGAGAUUGUAUUGGGUUCAAUUCAAACCGUACGUGAUGCUGUAAAUUGGUUAGGCUAUACUUAUCUUUACAUUUGUAUGAUUAGAAAUCCACCACUUUACGAGAUAUCCUAUGAUGACUUUGAAAAGGACCCAUUGUUGGAACAACGUCGUCUAGAUUUAGUUCAUUCAGCUGCAACUAUUUUAGAAAAGAAUUCCCUCAUAAAGUAUGAUAGAAAAUCAGGUAAAUUACAAUCGACAGAAUUGGGUAAAGUCGCAUCACAUUAUUAUAUCACCAAUUCAUCAAUGUCAAUCUAUCAAGAACAUUUGAAACCUUCAAUGUCUGAUAUCGAAUUACUUCGUGUUUUCUCACUCUCUUCAGAAUUUAAAAAUGUCGUUGUUAGAGAGGGUGAAAAAUUCGAAUUAGAGAAAUUACUAGAACGUGUACCAAUUCCAAUCAAAGAGAAUAUAGAAGAACCUUCCUCAAAGAUCAAUGUUUUAUUACAAACCUAUAUUAGUAAUUUGAAAUUGGAUGGUUUUGCAUUGGUGGUCGAUAUGUUUUAUAUUGCACAAUCUGCAUCACGUAUUACAAGAGCAUUGUUUGAAAUUGUUCUAAAGAAAGGUUGGGCACAAUUGGCAAAGAAAAUACUUAACCUUGCAAAAAUGAUCGAUAGUAAAAUGUGGUCAUCACAAUCACCACUACGUCAAUUCCACAAGAUCUCUCCAAAAGUAUUGAAUCAACUCGAGAGAAGAGGUAUCCCAAUUGAAGAUCUCUACGAAUAUAAUUCUCAACAACUUGGUAAUGCAAUUCAAAAUCCAUCCGAAGGUAAACAAUUAUUCGAUUUAAUUCAUAAUUUCCCAAAAUUAGAUUUAACUGCACAUGUUCAACCAAUUUUACAUGGCCUUUUAAGGGUUGAAUUAUCAAUUACUCCCGAUUUUCAGUAUGAUGAACGUUAUCAUAACAAUUCAAUCGGUUGGUGGAUUAUAGUUGAGGAUGUGGAUGGUGAGAGAAUUCUAUACUUUGAGUAUUUCUCAUUAAAGAAAAAGAUGGUCAAUGGUGAGGAUCAAUUGGUUAGUUUCACCGUACCAUUAUCACAACCAUUACCACCACAAUAUUAUGUACGUGUUAUUAGUGAUCAUUGGAUUGGUGCAGAAUAUUCAUUACCAAUCAGUUUCCAACAUUUAAUUUUACCAGAGAAAUAUCCACCAUGUAGACCUUUGUUAGAUCUUCAACCAUUACCAAUUCAAGUUUUAAAAGAUCCAAAAGCUGAAUCAAUCUUUAAGCCAACUUUCUCCAUUUUCAAUGCAAUUCAAACUCAAGUCUUCAAUUGUAUGUAUCAAUCCAAUGAUAAUGCAUUCAUUUCUGCACCAACCAAUAGUGGUAAAACCGUUUGUGCAGAGAUUGCUUUGAUUAGAUGUUUCAAACAAAAUCCAAAAGCAAAGGUUGUUUAUUUAGCACCAAUGCAAGAUUUAGCUUCUGUUAGAUUAAAGGAUUGGUCAAACAAAUUUGGUGUGAAAUCACCAUUUGGUUUGGUAGUUUCUGAUUUAACUGGUGAUGCAGUUACUGAUAAUAAAAUUUUAGAUCGUUCAAAUAUUAUCGUUACAAAUUGUGAGAAAUGGGAUAUCCUCUCUAGAAAAUGGAAACAACGUAAAGCUUUACAAUCUAUCAAUCUAUUGAUUGUUGAUGAAUUACAUUUAAUUGGUGGUGAAUAUGGUCCAACAAUGGAGAUUGUCGUUUCAAGAAUGCGUUACAUUUCAACACAAACUGGUAAUGCACUUCGUGUGAUUGCUUUAUCCUCUUCCAUUGCCAACGCUAGAGAUUUAGUAUUAUGGAUUGGUGCAACACCACAAACUUGUUAUAAUUUCCAUCCAAAUGUUCGUCCAAUACCAGUGGAAUAUCAAAUUCAAGGUUUCGAAUUCCCACAUUUCAAUGCAAGAAUGUUGGCAAUGACAAAACCAACAGUUUAUGAAGUUGCCAAAAAUAAGAAUCAACAAUCAAUUGUAUUCGUACCAACAAGAAAGUUAUCAAGAUCAUUAGCAGCCGAUAUCAUUGCAAAUGUUAGUUCAUUCGAGGAUACUUUAACUAAACCAUAUCUAGUUUGUGAAGAACAUGUAUUGACACCCUAUCUAGAGGAUGUUGAUUCAUUUGCAUUGAAACAAUCACUUCAAAUGGGUGUUGCAUUCUAUCAUGAUGGUUUAACCGAAAGAGAAAGACGUGUAGUUGAAAUUCUAUUUAGAUCUGGUUCAAUAAGAGUAUUGAUUGCAACUCAUUCAGUCGCAUGGUUAUUAGAUAAUGUUUUUGCACAAUUGGUAGUUAUUAUGGGUACACAAUUAUAUCAAGGCAAAGACAUUAGAUACAUUGAUUAUCCAAUCAAUGAUAUCCUACAAAUGAUUGGUCGUGCUGGCAAACAAGAGGGUGGUGGUGUCAUUAGUAAUAAAGUUGCCAAAGUUUUAUUACUAUGUCAUGCACCAAAGAAAGAGUAUUACAAAAUGUUUUUAAAUGAACCAUUACCAGUUGAAUCACAUUUAGAUCAUUGUUUACAUGAUCAAUUCAAUUCAGAGAUUGUAACUAAAACCAUCACAAAGAAACAAGAUGCUUUGGAUUACCUAACUUGGACUUUCUUAUAUCGUCGUUUAAAUCAAAACCCAAAUUAUUACAAUCUAUCCGGUGUAUCACAUUUACAUCUAUCUGAACAUCUUUCAGAAUUGGUUGAAAAUACAUUGGUGGAGUUAGAACAAUCAAAUUGUAUCACCAUUCAAGACGAUCAAGAUAAAGUUUCCCCAUUGAAUUUAGGUAUCAUUGCAAGUUAUUACUAUCUUAAAUAUCAAACUAUCGAAUUGUUUGGUUCAUCAUUAAAGUCAACCACUCGUCGUAGAGGUAUCAUGGAUAUUAUUUCAAAUGCACCAGAGUUUAACUCUUUACCAAUUCGUCAUCGUGAGGAUCAAAUUUUGAUGAAACUAGCUUCACAUUUACCUCAAAAGAUUGAUAAGCCAAACUAUCAAGAGAUUUCAACCAAAGUUAAUGUACUUCUUCAAUGUCAUUUCAGUAGAGAAUCAAUCUCUGCUGACCUUUAUCAAGAUCAGAAAUUCAUAUUAGAGAAUGCAACUCGUUUACUUCAAGCGAUUGUGGAUGUUAUCUCAAGUAAUAGUUGGUUACAACCUGCAAUUGCUGCUAUGGAAUUAUCUCAAAUGAUCACUCAAGCAAUGUGGGAUAGUGAUAGUGUUUUCAAACAAUUACCACAUAUGAAUAAACGUCGUAUCGAUGCAAUCACAUCUCAAGGUAUUGAAAGUGUUUUCGAUUUAAUGUCAUUGGAUGACAAUAGUCGUAUACAGUUAUUAGAUCUCUCACAACAAGAAUCAAAUGAUCUCGUUCAAUCCUUUAUGAAAUAUCCUGAUAUCGAUAUCUCCUAUCAAGUUCAAGAUGAAGAUGAUUUACAUGCUGACUCAAUUAUGACGGUUGAAAUGGUUAUCGAAAGAGAUUUAGGUGAUGAUGAAGAAAACCCAAUCGAAAUCAAUGAUUCAAUCAAUGUUGUCUCUGCUCCUUACUAUCCAAAAGAAAAGAUUUGUGGUUGGUGGGCUUUAAUUGGUGAUUCAAAGAAUAAUCAUUUAUUAGCAAUCAAAAGAAUCACUUUCCUAAAGAAAACAAAGGUUAAAUUUGAAUUCCCAACUCCUGCUGUUGGUAAACAUCAAUUAUCACUUUAUCUUUUCUCUGAUUCUUAUAAUGGUUGUGAUCAAGAACAUGAAUUAAAUAUUAAUAUUUUACCUGCUGAAAUUGAAGAUGAAGAUGAAGAUGAAGAAGAAGAUAAUGAAAUGGAUGAAUAA